AUGAGGUGGAGACCUACUAUGAUGAGUAUUAGUCAUCGAUCUGACGCAAGUGACAUCGAUCUCCCUUCUUUCAUCUUGACCGCCAUGUCGUUGCCACCAGAGCUGUUGGAGAACAUCGUCCUCCACCUGGCGGGGGCCAACAACGCGCUGUGCGCCUGUCUCGCUUCCGCCAGGGUCUUCCGCCUCGCCUGCGAAGCGCAGCUCUUCCACACCGUCGUCCUCCAGAAACGCUCCCCCAGCCGCGAAGACACGCAGUCGUUCAUCCGAGGCUGUGUCCUGUUUGCCUCGACGCCGUAUCUCGUUCGAUUCGUCAAGGAGCUGCGGAUACAGCUCACCGCGGAAGCGUCCGAGGCCCGUCUGCUCGAGACAGUCCUGCAGCGCAUGGCCGUCCAUGUCGUUCGGCUCACGAUCCUGUCGCCACUGGUGCACAUCAACGCCGCUCCCCCUCAGUUCCAUAUGAGUGUCCCCACUGGCCUGGCCUCGGCGAUUCUGCAUGCUAUGACCCGUCCGCAAUUGCAGCGCAUCGAUAUCGACCUACUUGCUGGGAUGGAAGCCAGCUUCAAGUUUCUCUCAGCUACGGUGAAGCAGAACAAGCUUCAUCUAUUGGACUGGAACAUCGUCCACGUGUCGGUGGUGAUCAACAUGACCGCCGCGUCAAGUUUCUACGCUUCCGCGGGUGGCCUCCACACUCUCGCGCCGCUGUUCAGUGUUGUACGCCAUCUCUGGCUCACUCGGAUGCUUACCAGCUAUUUUCCCGAGCUGCCGCCACUCCCAAGCCUUCGCACCUUCCAUCUGCACGCCCUCGAGCCAUACAGCUCCUACUCGGCCGACAACGGCACCAUUUCCAUCAACCCCUCGUAUUCGCACUUUCUGCCCGAAAUCGCCGGCCGUGCGCCGCUCCUGAACACCAUCCGACUGUCUUUCAAUUGGCGCAUGCAUUGGAACCCGACUGCCGGCCCACCGCGCGCGCUGGCCAGCGUCGCGGAGCCCUGGCCGAUGAUGGGGGCCAGUGUUUUCGAGGCCGUGUUUCCCAAUGUGAAGCGGGUUGAAUGCUCAUAUUCGCUCAACUGGGUGCGUGGCGCGGGUACUGGGUCUCUAUUGCAGGAACGGGAAGCCGUGCAGUCGUGGUUGAGGCCCUGGACGGCAGAGAGGAUGCCUGGUCCUGCAAAUGCUGGGAUUUUGUCCAUUGUUUUCAAUGAGAUUUAG